CUCUUUGCAAGCACAACAGCCACCACUCCUCUUCCCACCUGAGCAGUGAUCAUGCCCGCGGCUCUUUUCCGCCGGGGGCGGGGGGAGGAGACCCAGCCUCUUUUCCCUCCUCCCCCCCGGUCCUGGGAGCGAGUAGGCGGCGCCUCGGAAGGCAGGAGGCUCUCGUUGCUGCUGCCGCCCGAGCGGAGGAUGCGGCGGGUCCCGCGGGCGGGGUUCGCGCUGCUGCUAGAAGUGGGGGUGCGCGCGAUGCUGCUGGGACUCUUCUUGUUCACUGAGCUUCUGCCUCCAUUCCAGCGGGUCAUACAGGCGGAAGAAAUGUGGCUCUAUAAAAACCCCUAUGUGGAGUUUGACCAUGUACCUGCCAAACCCAUGUUUGUCAUUUCCUUCUUGUCUCCUCUGGUCUUGAUUCUCCUGGCCAAAUUCUUCAUGAACACUGACCAAGAUGAUACACGGGAAGCAUGCUUAGCUGCCAGCCUGGCUCUUGCCCUGAAUGGUGUCUUCACCAAUGCUGUGAAGCUGGUCGUGGGCAGGCCUCGGCCUGAUUUCUUCUACCGCUGCUUUCCAGAUGGCCGGGAAGCCCCUCAGCUGCUGUGCACGGGUGACGCACAAGUAGUGAUCGAAGGACGCAAGAGCUUCCCCAGUGGGCAUUCCUCUUUUGCCUUUGCUGGCCUCGCCUUUGGCUCCUUCUACAUUGCAGGGAAGCUCCACUGCUUUGCGCCUGGCGGGCGUGGGCAGUCCUGGCGCCUCUGUGCCUUCUUGGUGCCCCUCUUUAUCGCGAUGCUCAUCGCUUUAUCCCGCACCUGUGAUUACAAGCAUCACUGGCAAGAUGUUCUGGUUGGAUCGGGAAUGGGCUUGGCAUUUGCCUACCUGUGCUACAGACAGCAUUACCCUCCUUUGACUGAUCCCGAGUGCCAUCAGCCACUGCAGCGCAAAUCUAGACUCUCUGCCCCAGAGAGGCAAAAGCUGACACUCUCUGGAUUCAGCCUCGAUGUAUAAAGAUCUAAAGGAUCCCCACCUGCACACCCUGGGAGCUGCAAAAGAAGAGAAGGAACAGCCCUCCUUGCGAUCCUGUGCCUGGAGGAGCAGGGAGGAGAAUCACACCUGCAUUUUAAAGAGCCAGCAGCCUGGUUGAGGCUCUGGGCCUCUGUCCAGUCCUCACAUGUCUGUUUACACAGGGACAAUGCUGGAUGUUGCAUGGCAGUGAUAGAGGUGAUUCUGUCCUCUAGGCAGCAGUAGUUGGGGUGAUCCUUUUGCAGUCAUUCCAUUUCUAGUUUAUCCCAUGCCGAUGUUAAUCGUGCAGUUGCUGUAGGCCAGAAGGCAAUCUGAUCCAGUCCCUUGCUGUAAGGCAAAGCCCACUUCCCACAGAUCAGCAUAAUAGCUCAAACCUAGCUAGAGUGCUACAAGCAAGUACCCUCCCAAAAGGUGUUUGCAGAGUAGCUCUAGUUCCCUUGUGCAUACCUAGCUAUGUACUAAAAGGGGUUGCCAAGCAUUGGAACAACUUGUGUGCAGCCUAUGUCUUCAGCAAAGGGGUUACCAAACAGGGACCAUCAUGCCUGCCAGUACCUCCUUUGAGGCCCGCAAAAAGUCUUAAGUAAUCAAAAAUCUAUAAUGUGUUCUUCCUGCAUCAGUUUCUGUUUGCCCUGGCUCAGCCUCUCCUGCGAUGAACAUGCCUCCUUGAUCAUGUCCACAUUUCGUUGUAUGUCAGGGUUAGGCACCCACCCUCUGAUCAGUUCUGAACAGAGGAGAUGCACAAAGAGCUUCUAUCUGUAAGCGAGUGCUGCGGUGGCUGAUGUAGAUGGGAGGGGGCAUGCCCACACCAUUUUUAGGACCUGGCCCUUUCUCUGCCCUUUCAGAUGUGGCAGCCAUUUGGGGCUGGCGCCCACAGCACAUUCUCAAAAUUCCACUGGACCCAAAAGAUUGAUGACCCCUGCUUUGGGCAGGGUACUAUAUCCUCUAUUUUUUGUGGCUUCAGCUACCUCCAAGCUUUUUCUGCUCGUCUUCUGUCUUGGGCACAGAGGUCAGCUGCUAUUUAUGUUCAGAAAGUCUCAUACCAGAGUUUUGUAGUUCCUGAAAGCUUAUGGUGGCAUAAGCAUUUGUGAAUUAGAGCCCACUUGCUUCAUCAGACGCACGGAGUGUUCCCCUUAGCUGGUUCUGUCGUCUUUAGGGAAGGCCCGCAGCUCAGUAGCAAAGCAUCUUCUUUGCUUGAAGAAGGUUCCAAGUUCAAUCCCUGGUGUGUCCUAGUAGGGCUGGGAGAUACCGCAGUUUGAACUGCAGGAGAGUUGCUGCCAGUCAGUGUAGACUAGACUGAGCUACUUAGAUCAAUAAUCUGACUCAGCAUAAGGUGGCUUCCUAUGUUCUAUAUUCCUCUCAUUCUCUGUAUGAGUGAGAGCCUAACCGUGCCAUCUUAUGUAUGUCUACGUCCUGAAUAUAUUAGUGAAAAUAACAUGCAACAGUGUGUAUAUUAGUCAAUGCUGCAUACAAAAGUGUGUUAUUAGGAGAAAUUCACACUGCUGAUGAAUUUUGCUGCAGAAAUGCAGAGAAUGGAAUUUAAGAUUUGAAAAAUGAGGAAGAACCAAAGUUGACAGAGCUUUCCAUCCCCAACUGUGGCCCUCCAGAUAUUGUUGAAUGCUUGAUGUGGGGCACAUCCCCAAGCCAUGCUAAGAAUGCCUCUUUGACAGGAGUGUCAAUGGUUGCAGAUUGAGAAGAUUUUAAGUCACGGUAGCCAAUGGGGUGCCCUCCAGAGGCUGCCAGACUACAAUUCCCAAUAUUCCUUACCCAUUUUUCAUGCUGACUGAGGCUGAUGGGUGCUGCAGUCCAACAGUAUCAGGAAGGCAACACAUUGGCUACCCCUUGGUUUAGCGACAGUACCCAGAAAUUUGGUAUUGUGCAGCUUAGUUCGAGUCGAUUUGGUUGCUGAAUGUUUUCCUGCUCCUGUGAAUGACUACAGUAGGGCCCCGCUCAUACAGCGGGUUACGUUCCAGACCCCCGCUGUAAAGCAAAAACCACUGUAAAGCGGAUCCCAUUGAUUUACAUUGACCAAAAUGGCGCCUGGCGGCAAAAAAACACUGUAAAAGCGGAACAAGCGCUGUAAAGCGGGGCCUUUCUACAAUUCACAACCACUGUAUUAGCGGAACGCUGUAAAGCGAAGCUCUGUAAAGCAGGGCCCUACUGUAUACUGUAAUCUCCCAUUAUAGCUGUCUCUGUCAAAGAGAAAUGGAACAUGCCAACUCUGCUUCUGAAACAAAGUAACAGCAAGGCGACAAUAUAUCAGUGCAAAAUACCAUGCCCAUGCAUAAUAUAGGCUAGUAUGUUGGUGAUCAGCUAGUGGUUUGGUACCCCAAAUUCGACCAUGAGCCAAUAAAGGUGGCAAUUCACUCCAAUGCCGGAGCCGUCAUUUUAUUUUUAAAGAGAAGGGGAAAGAGAGUAAAGCAGAGAGGCAGAACCUGAAGGGACAGAAGGAGCAGACAUAUAUAGUGAAAAAUAAAAGUAGGCCUCAUGCAACAAGUUGGAGUUAAAAGGAGACAGGACUAAAAAUGCAAGACACCGCCAAGAAAAAAAUAAAAAUUGUGUCUGUAAUGAAAGUAGUUGCAUUUUAGAAAGGAGAUGCAUUAUUUUAAGCCAAUGGAAGAAAGAAAGCCUUGCUUAAUCAGCCUUCUGUUUUCAACAGUCAGCCUUGAAGUUCACUGGGUGAGCUUGGGCCAGUCACUAGCAGUCUAACCUACCUGACAGGAUUGUUGUGAGGAUAAAAUCAAGAGUAACCGUGUAUACUACCCUACGUUCCUAGGAGGAAUAAAAAUGUAAUAAAAGGGGGAGGGGAACAGAAUGCAACAGUGGUCAAGCAGCUUCUCCAGAAUAUGCAAAAGUUUAUAAAAAAUGAGUUUUCUUCUAAUGUUUACUCAUGUGGGAAUCUCAAGAUUUCACUCCCUUAUCACAGUUAAACAGCCAUCUUUCCUGUAUGGGAACAUUUUAGGCUAGUCAAUUUUGAGCCUGCUUUCCAAAUUGGGGCUAGUCUGAACCUUUGUGUAUGGAAGGAUUAUUGUGGUGGUAAAGAUUGUCUUAUCUUCCUUUUUUGUACAUUUUGAGAGGCCAAAUCAAUGGAGUUGUGUUUUCAUUUGUUUUCUUUUUUGUUUAUUUUGUUUUUUAAACUGUCUAAUAAAA